UGGUCUUUAUCUGCUACAGAGAAACUCCUGUGAUAAAGGCCAGCAACUCUGAGCUGAGCUGUUUCCUUUUGUUUUCUCUUUGUUUGUGUUUUCUCUGUCCCCUCACUUUCAUCGGCAGACCCACAGUCUGGACAUGCAUGCUGCGCCACACAGCUUUUGGUGUGACAUUUGCACUUUGCAUUUCCUGUGUCUUGGGAAAACUAUUGUUGUUGUAACAGCUUUCAAAGCCACAUUUCCUGGCAACAAAGUUGCAGGAAAGUUCAGUGCUGCACAGCAAAGGAUCAUAGUUUGCUCCUGCACUUUGAUUCAGAUAUUGAUAUGUGUGUUGUGGCUUAAGUUAAACCCACCUUUCCCAGACAUGGUUUUCAAAUACAGCAAUAAAAAGAUUGUCUUAGAAUGUAACACAGGCUCUGAGGCUGCUUUCUAUGCAGUGCUGGGGUACAUAGGGAUCCUUGCAAUAAUAUGUUUGAUCCUUGCAUUUCUAGCACGAAAGUUGCCUGAUAACUUUAAUGAAGCCAAAUUUAUCACAUUCAGCAUGCUGAUAUUCUGUGCUGUCUGGAUCACCUUUAUCCCAGCAUAUGUAAGCUCUCCUGGAAAGUUCACUGUAGCUGUGGAAAUAUUUGCAAUUUUGUCUUCAGCAUUUGGCUUAUUAAUUAGCAUUUUUGCACCAAAAUGUUACAUAAUAUUGAUCAAGCCAGAGAAAAAUACCAAGAAACAUGUCAUGGGAAAAACUGUGAGCAAAAAAUUAUGAUUCCUUAAUUUUAAAAGAUGAUGCUACUUUACCUCUAACUUUUAUAUAAUAUAGGGAAGCAGUAGUAUAUGAGUAAAGCAAGAUGUUGUGGCAUUUUAUAUAAUACAGAGAUGCAUCUACAAGUCUGAUAUUUAAUUAAUAAAUGUCCUAUACAUAAUAUGACAUUAAAGAUGCACAAAACUGUAUGGAUGGAAAUAUACUUGAUAUUUAUUAAUUAUCAUGCCUUUUUUAUUAUUUCAUAACAAAUGAUUUUCACUGUGUGUAUGUAAAUUAAAUUGUAACUGUUAAUUAUGCAAAAUCUUUGCGUGAUAAAUAUGAGUUGCUUAUAUUUGGGGACACACUGAAAUUAAAUGAAAUUCUGCAUCAUCCUUAAUAAUUUAAUAAUCAAACAAAAUCUCUACUGUAAUCAAAACAAUACAGUAAAUAUUGUUUUUGAUUAUGCAAAUUACAUUCAUUAUCAAAAUAAAUGUAUUUGUCUCCCUA